GCAUAAAAUAACCAUAUGGUAUAUUGCGAAAAUUUACACUGAGUGAGGAAAAUAUGCCUACUGCUUUCGAUAAUCAUAAAGUUGAUUAUGAUAUUACAUACCCACCAGGGGUUAAAGAAAUAUCUGAGGAGCUCUCAACAGAGGAAUUAGUUAAAAGGCUUAAGAUAUGUUCAGGAGUAUUUCAGAAUUUGGGGCAGAAUGAUAAUGUUAGUUGUUAUGAGAAUUUUGCACUUCAUAUUGCAUCUGAAGAAUUUAUGAAUCAUUCAAGCAAAGAAGCUAAAUUACUUGUAGCUUGUAUAAUAGUUGAUAUCUUUCGUGUAUUUGCCCCAAAUCCUCCAUAUAAGGAACCAUAUAUGAUUAAAAACAUUUUUACAUUUUUGGUUGAAGAAUUAAAAGGAAUAAAAUCCCCUACCAAUGUUUAUUUUAAAAGACAUUUUUACUUAUUAGAAAAUUUGGCUUGGAUGAAGGCUUUUAAUAUAUGUUUUGAUAUUGAUGAAGGACAAGAAAUUUUUUGCAAACUAUUCAAACUCUUUUUCAAUGUCAUUAAUGAAGCACAUUCCACUAAAGUUAGAAACUAUAUGCUUGAUAUCAUGAGUUCGGUGUUAAUAGAUAUCGACAAUGUAUCCAAUGAACUACUGGAGUCUAUUUUGGUAUGUAUCAUUGAGCCAUAUAAGACUCAAAGGAGAGACAGUUUUAAUUUGGCAAAAGAUUUGAUUAAAAGAACGUACAAUAUACUUGAACCCUACAUUCAACCUUACUUUACCACUGUCUUGUUUCCAGAUAAAGAAAAAGAUGGGGUUAAUAUAAAUGAGUUAAACCAUUCCAGUGGCGAUGAAGAAGAACAAGAUAAAAAGAAAUCGAAAGAUAUAAAUAAUAGUAACACUAAAUAUCGCGAAAUCAAAGUAUACGAUUUUAUACACGAGCUCUAUAUAUUGGCGCCUGGCUUAUUGACUCAAGUUUUACCCUUGCUGGAUUUCAAACUCAAGAGCGACAAAAGCGAAGAAAGACUCAACGCAACCAAGGCUUUAGGUAGGAUGUUUUCUGAAAAGGAUUCUAAUUUAGCCUCAGAAAAUCCAGCGUUAUGGAAAAGUUUUUUGGGAAGGUUUAACGAUAUAGAUACCUCGAUUCGUUUGAUAUGUGUUUGUUACGUUUCCCAUUUACUCAUGAAUCAUAAAGACUUACUUGUCUCGUCAUCGCUGAUUAGCGAUUCUACCAACGAGUUCGUAGAUAAGCUAUCGGCCAGAGCCUUAGAUCCAGACGAAGCAGUUCGUCUUCAACUUGUGCUUGCCUUGGUUGAAGCCUCUUUAGCCAGCCACGGAGUGUCAUCUAAACUUACCAAUCAGAUUGACGGAAAAUCUCCCAAUCAUACCCCUUGGAAUAGCUUGUUUUUAUAUGACGACAUUAGUGACAAAACACAUAAUAAAGAUGGUGGACUAGAGAAAGAAAAGCUAAUUGAUAUAUUGAGGAGUAGAACACUGGAUAAAAAAUUUCGUAUAAGAAAAGAAGCUACCAUGGGCCUUGGUAAUAUAUACAAAGCAGCUUAUGCCAUAUCGAGCAACAGCACUCACUGCAAUGCGACUGAGUCUGAACGCAGAAAAUUAUAUUGGAUCCGGGACCAAUGCAUGCACUCGUACUAUCAAAACACCAUAGACGAUCAGAUCUUAGUGGAAAGGGUUUUCAACACUUGCCUGGUUCCCUUCAACCUGACCCCUCACAAGAGAAUGUACCGGCUCUUGCACCUUUUUGUUAACAUAGACGAGCACAGUGUCAAAGCCUGGACCGAAAUGUGGAAAAAACAAUUCGUUAUUCGAACUCUUACAGUUCAAUACAUCGAUUCAUUAGAUAAUUUGGAUAAAAAGAAUCGUAAGUUAAACUCGAAGGCAAACACCACAACAACCGAUGCUAGUUUAAAUAAGCUGUUUCAAAUAUCGAGAAUGUUGCCAGAACCCAUAAAAGCUUUCGACCAUCUAAAAAGGUUAGAUGCCAUGUUCAAAUUAGACGAUAAAUUAUUCAAAAUGUUUGGUUCGCUCGUAAGAGACAAUAUAUCUUGCAAGGAAGCAUGUCAGAUUUGUAAAAACAUACUCAAAAAGAUGGGAAACCCCCAAGCAACCAACGCUCUCUACACAAACGUCAAACAAUUUCUCGAGAGGGUGUCGCCUUUAAUGAUAGAUGCCAAUGCCAUAGAAUGCCUGUGUCGAAUACUAGACAAUUACCAAGAACAAUUAUGUAACGAGAAAUCCCCCAUUUACCCUUUCAAAGAGAAUUUUGGAACUUUACCAAAGAGCAAUCACGAGACUUCUCACAGUAAGGCCCGUACUGAAAAGGAUGUCAUGAAACUAGUUGAAGACGAUAUGCAAAUCAUCAAGGACAGGGGAUUUCGAUUAUUGCAGAUAUUGAGUUGCGUAUUUGUGGACAGCUUCUACACGAAAUCUACAAUGGAACAUCUCAGCCAAUUCAUAAAGCACAAAGACGACGCCAUAGUUCAAUGCUCUUUGCAAGUUUUGACGAACGUGGUCAAACAUUGGAACCCUCAUCAUAACAUUAAUAACUCAUUGAAUAUGGAGAAUAGUAGUUUUUUAUCUACUAGUAACGGGGAUAAGAGUAACAAAAUUACCGAUCAAGUCAAUGAAACAGACAAGACGGAUUCCUUGAACAUAAUCGUAGAAACCAUUCUCCCUAGCCUCCAAAAGUUAUGCAAAACGGCCAACUCGAAACAAACCAAAUACGGAGUCAUUUGCUUGUUCACUAUUAUAAAUCACAAAGAGAUAUUGAAUCAAUAUAAGGGCAAACAUAAUCUAAACCCAUCCAAUUUGACAAAAUCUUUGUUUAAGCAUUACACUGAUAAUCUGAAAAAACCUAUGGAUUCCGAGCCUUUCCUCAAUUCCCUAUCAGGCUUGGGUCAAAUAUCUUUACUCUGCCCAGAUUUAGUUGAACGGAUAAAUUCUGAAAUAGUUCCUGAAGUUGCUAAACGACUCUUUCCUCAUUCAAUGAUAAAUACAACAAUAUCUCUAAAAACGGCUGCCAAAUUAUCACGUGACUCCGACUCAUCCAAUCAGGGAGUGGAGAGUGUUGUGGAAGACUGGAGAAAGGCUUCGGCUAUUUGUCAGGCUGGAAUUCUGAGGAUAAAGUUGGAAUGCAAAACUCUGUCCGGCAUAUGGCUUCUUUGCAAGAGAGACGAAGCUCGAACAACCAAAUACGAUAAAGCUGAACUGGUGUGUCAAGCUAAAUCUUUUUACGCGUUCCUCUUCACAUGCUUAGAAUCUGAUUACGAAUCCUUCAAAUUGAGGCAUUCUGCCAUUUUCAAAAGUCUCACCUUUAAGGAGUUUAUCUUACUCAAGCUUAAAUGUGCUUGCGCCGUGCUGAGACUAGUACAAAUACCGGUAUAUUGGGAUGCUCUUUCGUUACAACACUUUCAAACUUUGGCCUAUCUUAUAAUCGAAAUAAAAGACUUGGAAUUUAAGCAAAAAUUUAUCUACAAGAUCCAUAAGGCGCUGCUAUCAAUGAAGCUACCACUGGAAUACUUGGCUAUAUUUUGUCUCGUUCACAAUGACACCAACAAAGAAUUCAAACUACGCUGCAAACAGUAUCUAGCUGUUAAUAUCUCCAAAAGAAGAGAAAUCCUUAGGACCAACCCAAAUCACGCUAGUGCUAAAAUAUAUUCAAUUCUUCCCGACUACGUCCUACCUUACGCUGUUCACUUGUUAGCUCACCAUCCGGCUUUUCACGAUAUUGAAAACCUUAAAUUGCUCGAGGAAAUUAAAGACGCUUUUUGGUUCCUUAUAGAACCCCUUAUACACAAAAACGAGAAUUACAGUUUCAGUUUUUUCAAACGACUCAUUGAAAACAUUAAACAGACCAAGGACGCCCAAAGUCCAGAAUCAUCGCACAAACUGUACGCUGUGUGCGAUAUAGCUUUGGGCCUAAUUUGGACUCGUAGUUCUACAUUUGUACUCAAAGAUUUUCCCGCGAAGCCUAUCCUACCUUCAAAACUAUUCACUAAACCCGAUUUGGAAACUCCGAACUCCAAAAUAUAUUUGCCAAAAGGUUACGCAUUCUCUCCUCCUAGGAAGAAGAUUACUCGACCAGAACUUUGCCAAUUUUUUUCGCUCUCCCAGGAUUCAUCUAAGGUCAGGUCUAUUGAUAAAAUAUUUACCCCCGUAUACAGUGAAGAUGACUUGAUUGAAAACAUAGCUUCUUCUUCCCAGUUGUCAGAGAGAAUAGGAGGAAACAGCAUAGAUGUCAUUAAUCUGGAAAAUCCCUACAUGGAAAGUGAAGAUAGUGCCCGCGAGAUACGUAGCAACAAGCGUUUUAAAACGAAAAAUGUUCUCGGUAGCACCUCUUCGACUCAAGAAAAAACAAUGAGUAGUGAAGAUUCGCAAGAGAACACGACUUUCCAAUCUCAAUCAACACCUAUCGAAGACCUAAUCGAUGGCCAAAGAAACAACAAAGAUACAACUCUCAGCAAUGACGAGUCUUCAUCCAAAAUGGAGACCUCUUCUUAUUUAACACCGCCACAUUCGUCUCAAGAAGAAAUGGUUUUAGGGGACGAAACUUUCGUUGUAAAACGAUUUAAGACCUCGGAAUCAUUGGCCACACAAAUAAGAAAAAAAUUGAAAUGAUUUAUUGUUGAAAAAUAUUUGAGACCUUUCUUUCCCAAUAAUUAAAAUAAUAUAAAAGGACAAUUUAUAGAGCUGAAGUCUGACCUCAUUUUUUUUAUACCAAAUGUCUUUUAUAACAUUACAUUAAAUUCGUUUACAUUUAAAAUAUAAUUAUACCAUCCCAAAAUUCCAUGUACUAUA